CGCAAAUCGCGUCCUAUGACCCAGAUGUCCACGUGUCACCUAGCUAACACGGUCGCACAUAAAUGUCCAUCCAACGUCCUCUCCACUUACCCCCGCACCAAAUCCCACGCCUCGGCACUCAGAUCCAUUCUCCCCUCUACUUCUUCUUCUUCGUCUUCGUCUUCGUCUUCGUCUCCCUACUCCUCCCCCCCCAGCCUCCUCCUCCUCAUCCUCAGAUCCGAUCUAGGGUUAGGGUUAGGAUUAGGGUUAGGGCUGUUUGAUCGGGGAUCCCCUGCGAUGGCGCGCGACGGCGUCGGCGGCGGCGGCGGCGGGGGCGUCGGUGGCGGCGGCGCGGGGGGAGGGAUGGGGAUGAGCGAGGGGGUGCUCCGCAAGGUGCUCCUCUCCUACGCCUACGUCGGGAUCUGGAUCUUCCUGAGCUUCACGGUGAUCGUGUACAACAAGUACAUCCUGGAUCCGAAGAUGUACAACUGGCCCUUCCCCAUCUCCCUCACCAUGGUGCACAUGUCCUUUUGCUCGUCCCUCGCCUUCGCCCUCGUCCGCGUCCUCCGCCUCGUCGACCCCCCGAGCUCGCCCCCCAUGACGCGGGCGCUCUACGUGUCCUCCGUCGUCCCCAUCGGCGCCCUCUACUCGCUCUCGCUCUGGUUCUCCAACUCCGCCUACAUCUACCUCUCCGUCUCCUUCAUCCAGAUGCUCAAGGCCCUCAUGCCCGUCGCCGUGUACUCCAUCUCCGUCCUCUUCAAGAAGGAGACCUUCCGCACCUCGUCCAUGGCGAACAUGCUCUCCAUCUCCCUCGGCGUCGCCAUCGCCGCCUACGGCGAGGCGCGCUUCGACGGCUGGGGCGUCGCGCUCCAGCUCGCCGCCGUGGCCUUCGAGGCCACGCGCCUCGUCCUCAUCCAGAUCCUGCUCACCUCCAAGGGCAUCUCCCUCAACCCCAUCACCUCCCUCUACUACGUCGCCCCCUGCUGCCUCGCCUUCCUCCUCGUCCCCUGGUGCUUCGUCGAGCUCCCCGUGCUCCGCGCCUCCUCCUCCUUCCGCCCCGACCUCCUCGUCUUCGGCACCAACUCCUUGUGCGCCUUCGCCCUCAACCUCGCCGUCUUCCUCCUCGUCGGCAAGACCUCCGCCCUCACCAUGAACGUCGCCGGCGUCGUCAAGGACUGGCUCCUCAUCGCCUUCUCCUGGUCCGUCAUCAAGGACACCGUCACCCCCGUCAACCUCUUCGGCUACGCCAUCGCCUUCCUCGGCGUCGCCUACUACAACCACGUCAAGCUCCAGGCCCUCAAGGCCAAGGAGGCCCAGAAGAAGGCCGCCCAGGCCGACGAGGAGGCCGGAUCCCUCCUCCAGGACCGCGACGGCGAGAGGAAGAACGACUCCCAGGCCUAGUAGAUCUGCAUGCACCUUCUCUACCGCAUGCAAAAUCUCCCCUGCUCAGGAAUUCGCGGCACUAUUCGUCGCCUCUUCGCCUCGGUCCGCCCCUUCUCAUCCCCCUCCCACUCCCCUGCCUUUAGUUUUUCAAAACCUUUUGCCUCUUCUAAUUGUCUUCAUAUGGGUUACUUAGAUUUGAGCAUUUUGAGUUGAAUUAUCUAUCUAUGAAUUAGAUGAUCUGGUUCUAUUGAUGUAAUAGCACGCCCGGAUGGUUAGUUGCAUUAUCUAUUUUGGUUUAUCCUAUCCUUUCUCUCUGUAUCUUUCUUUUUUUUGGGGGGUUCCUACUUCUAUUUGUUGGAUCAAAGGUGGAGCUUUUGCUCCUUUCUGGUGGAAUUUAAAGUGGACUUUUAUUGACUAUUGCGUAUAAUUGGUUCAUUUAUAUUUAUCUGUUU